AGCUGCAUUCAAUAUGUCGUGUUUAUUUGGAUCUGGUGUUUAUGAUGUUUUUCGCAUCUUCCAGUCAAUUUGAAUUUAUGGUUUCCGAAUCACAAACUCAUAAUUUAUUUCUCCCUCACCCCGAAUGGUAUGAAUUCAUAUUAUUGAUAAUUUAUUACGAUAAAAAUCAUUUACCUUCAUGGUUUCGAUGGAUUUUGCUUUAUUUUUUGCCACGACAAUUUAUAAAACUAAACACGCUGCAUUGUGUUCAGUGGAGAUUCGCCUUAAAUUUUGUCCAAAUCUGCUUUUUGGUCACACUUUCUUUUUCUUUUUUUUUUUUUUCUUUUUUUGGUUUGGUGAGAAAUGAGGAUACUAUUGGUGUUGGUGCUCGAAAUUUUGGAGGUCGUUGAUUUCCGGAAGAACUUUUAGGAAUUCUUGUGCCAAGGCUCUGUCCUGUUCAAUGAAACACAGCUUUAUUUUUAUAAGAUAGAAUUCUUGUUGUAUUAUAUAACUUAUUCCGACUCUCUUCUAUAGCAUGUAAUGUAUUCUGGUGCAUUCUUUGUAGUCUAAAGCAGGAAAUUCACUACAAAGUUCAGUAGAUUUAUCAUCCUCAUUCAAAGAUCCAGCCUGUUUUAUAGCUGGAAGUUUGUUUCCAUCCCAUCUAAGCACUUUGUCUUCUUACUAAGCGUAUGCAAGAAUUGGCCGUUUCUCCGCAACUUUAAAUUUUCAUCACCCUUCCUUGCACCUGUACUUUCAUGCUGUUUAGUUAAUACGAUAAAGGAGAUCAUCUCAGUCUCAGGAUGAAGGCUCUCAUUCUAGUUGGAGGGUUUGGUACACGAUUGAGGCCAUUGACACUCAGUGUCCCAAAGCCUCUUGUUGACUUUGCUAACAAGCCCAUGAUCUUGCAUCAGAUAGAGGCUCUCAAGGCUAUUGGAGUGACUGAAGUAGUCCUAGCUAUCAAUUAUCAGCCAGAGGUAAUGCUGAACUUCUUGAAAGACUUUGAGGAGAAAAUUGGGAUCAAGAUUACAUGCUCACAAGAGACUGAACCACUCGGAACUGCAGGUCCCCUGGCGUUGGCUCGGGAUAAACUGACAGAUAUUUCUGGUGACCCCUUUUUCGUUCUCAACAGCGAUGUUAUCAGUGAAUACCCACUCAAACAGAUGAUUGAAUUCCAUAAAUCACAUGGAGGUGAGGCUUCCAUAAUGGUGACCAAGGUGGACGAGCCUUCAAAAUAUGGUGUCGUUGUUAUGGAAGAAUCAACUGGACAAGUGGAGAGGUUUGUUGAGAAGCCAAAAUUAUUUGUGGGUAACAAGAUCAAUGCUGGUAUUUACUUGCUGAAUCCUUCAGUUCUCGAUCGUAUUGAAUUACGCCCCACAUCCAUUGAGAAAGAGGUGUUCCCGAACAUUGCAAGAGAUAAGAAGCUCUAUGCAAUGGUCCUGCCUGGGUUUUGGAUGGACAUUGGACAACCAAGGGAUUACAUUUCUGGACUGAGACUUUACUUGGACUCCUUGAAGAAGAAAUCUUCUCCUAAGUUGGCCGCUGGACCUCAUAUCAUUGGAAAUGUUCUGGUGGACGAGAGUGCCAAAAUUGGGGAGGGAUGCUUGAUUGGACCUGAUGUUGCAAUCGGGCCAGGUUGUGUCGUUGAAUCAGGUGUUAGGCUGUCUCGAUGCACAGUAAUGCGAGGUGUCCGCAUUAAGAAACAUGCUUGCAUUUCGAGUAGCAUCAUUGGCUGGCACUCGACUGUUGGGCAGUGGGCUCGUGUGGAGAACAUGACUAUCCUUGGAGAAGAUGUUCAUGUUGGUGAUGAAAUAUACAGCAAUGGAGGCGUGGUUUUGCCUCACAAAGAGAUCAAAUCUAGCAUUUUGAAGCCAGAGAUUGUAAUGUGAAAAGUUUGUUGCUUAGUGAGUUGAAAAAUAUUUGGUAUUUGUGAUGGGUAUGUUCUUUUCUGUUUUCCUUU